UAUCGGUCCCGCGCGUAGCGGGCAGGCGGUCCAGGCAUGGGAGCCGAAACAAGAAGCCAAGUCUGUUUGUAACCCUAAAAGUAACAUGAUCAAGCCAAUUCCGCCAUAUUCGCUGCGAUCCCUUGUCGUUCUGAGCCAGCGGUACUAACGGCGCGGUUCGGAGGUGGGCCGUCGCCUUGGGAGCAUCAGUGAUCGAGAGCGGUAGCAAGCAGCGAGCGAUGCAGCCGGUGGAGGAAGAAGGAAAAGGUGCCUUCGAGGAAGACGACGAACUUGAUGACAGUGAAGGGGACGACAGUGACAUGGAAGACGACCUGGAUGAUGAUGAAGAAGAAUUUCCUGAUCUGUCGCCACCGCAGCACUCUCAGCCGUCGUCUCUUCCUAAAGACGAACCCGAUUCCCCAAUCACCUUUCUGAACCCUAACCCUAACCACGCUGUCACGCCUACUAGAACAGCCCCGCAGAACGGGUCAAUUAAGGCUGUCCCCAUCUCGGUAAGCGACAUCCCACCUGCGCAUAUCGUGUCGGCGGCGGAAGAUUCCAGGCGCGUGGUGUCGGCCACUUCGGUUGACGAUUCACGGCGGCUGUUCCAGCGUCUUUGGACUGACGAGGAUGAGAUCACCAUCCUGCAAGGGUUCUUAGAGUUUACGACGCAGCGGGGGACGACCCACGCUUCUCACCAGUACGACACUGGCCCUUUCUACGAGCAAAUCAAGAAGCAGUUGCAGCUGGAGUUCAACAAAAAUCAGCUCAUCGAGAAACUCCGUCGUCUGAAGAAGAAGUAUCGAAACGUCGUCAACCGAAUGGUAUCGGGCAAAGAUUUUGUUUUUAAGAGCGCCCACGAGCAGGCCACUUUUGAGAUCGCCCGGAAGAUCUGGAGUGCCAGCGUCAAACGCGGCCGCGACAGCGAAGAUGAUGAGUUCACUCCCAAUCCUGCAUCCAGCAUUUUGGAAUUUGAUUCUGGAUUUGGUGUUGGCGCUGCUGCAGGUGAUGGCUUCCUAAGUUCAGAGAGGAAACUAUCAAGGUCAUCAAGAAAGAGAAUCAGGAUGACUAAUUCUGAACAAGAGGCUGCUGUUGCUGCCGCUGCAGCUGCAGCUAAUGGGGUGGCUGUGGAGGUUCCCAUAGCUGCACCACUAGAUCCAACAUCGUCUGUUCCAAUUCCAAUCAUUAUUGAGGAAACGGUGAAGAGUUGCCUAUCACCGUUAUUCAAGGAACUCCUACAGUCUGCAAUGGCUGGGCCUCAGGGAGGGCUUAUACCUGGGGUUGGAGGCAUUGGUGGUGGUGGGCUACUUGGGAUGAAUCCUCUGCAAUUGGGAAUUGGGAAUUUGCAGGGGAAUCUUCUGGUUGAUGAGAAGUGGAGGAAUCAAAACAUUCUUGAGCUGGAGGUGUAUUUGAAACGGAUAGAGCUUAUGCGUGAUCAAAUUAAGUCAACUUUGGAGGAGCUCAAGUCAUCAACCCCAUCUGCUGGGGAUUGAUUGGUGAGAUUCUGAACAUUGAUUGGGUGACUCAGAAAAUGGUUGGAAGAUGGGAGGUUGUGUUUCUCUUCACUGCCCAAUUUGAAACCAUCAAUAUUUUAUGCACUUAAUUUUUCGACGAGGCAGUAGAAAUAUGCAGGAUAUAUUGGAAGGUGCAGGAAUAGUUUUGAUCAUUAAAUCCAAUUCUCUUCAGGAGGUGCUGGAGAUAGUUUUACACUGGUUCAUUUGUUUGCUCAUGUAUUUGCUUUUGUUUGUAUGUCUAUAUGUAGCUUAACUUGAUCGGUGUUAGUGUCAUAUAUAGCACCACAGUUUGGGAUAAUAAUAAAUGUCUGAUUGCUUCAUGUGUUUGUGGUCUUGUGGAGAUUUGAUGAUUUUACACUAAUUAUCCUUCCUCUAACUUUGAUUAUUGAAUAUUAAACAUGAA